AACUUUCUUCCUCUACUUCUUUCUCUUUCGCCAGAGAGAGAUAUUCUCUCUUUUCUCCACUCAUCAAAAACUCCCAGAUCUGUGGCUUGCAAUUGCUAUGGGGCGGAAACAAGUAGAUCUGGAGAUGGAUUUCUGACGAUGGAGCGAGAUGGAUGAAGAAACCUACAGUUGCUGGAGAUGGAGAUCGAAAUUGGAGGUGAUGGUCAACGAUGAUGAUGGUGGUGAUGGUGACGAUGCGGAUGCUGCAAAGGUGCAGUCUUUCAAUUUCAUCAUCUUCAUCUCCAUGGCAGCUAUGCUCUCACUCUCUUUCAAUCCUCCCGUUAGAACGUCACUUUCCCUUCAUUCCUCGUUCAAGGGAAAUCUGAGAAAUUUGAGGCCAAACCCAUGUCAAAUUCUCCCCCUCAAACUAAUCUCUAGGAGCAAACAACAACAACAGGGAGCAAGAGCCUUGGUGGUUGUCAAUCAAGCCUCGGCGUCCCAAGUUGCGGGCACAGUGUCUUCUACUAGGUUCCGGUUGGACAAUCUGGGGCCGCAGCCCGGGUCGAGAAAGAGGGCGAAGAGAAAGGGGAGAGGUAUAUCAGCCGGCCAAGGGAAUAGCUGUGGGUUUGGUAUGAGGGGCCAAAAAUCAAGGUCUGGUCCCGGGGUUAGAAAGGGGUUUGAGGGUGGGCAGAUGCCGCUUUAUCGCCGUAUCCCCAAAUUGAGGGGGAUUGCUGGAGGCAUGCACGCAGGGUUACCUAAAUAUGUUCCUGUCAACUUAAAAGACAUAGAAACUGCAGGAUUUCAAGAAGGGGAUGAGGUUUCCCUAGAGACUUUGAAGGAGAAAGGUUUGAUCAACCCAUCAGGAAGAGAAAGGAAACUUCCUUUAAAGAUUCUAGGGGAUGGGGAACUGAGUGUUAAGCUGAAUAUUAAAGCACAAGCCUUUUCAUCAUCUGCAAGAGAAAAGCUUGAGGCUGCUGGCUGCUCUCUAACUGUACUGCCAGGACGAAAGAAGUGGGUUAAGCCCUCGGUUGCAAAGAAUCUUGCCCGAGCUGAAGAAUACUUUGCGAAGAAGAGGGCUGCAGCCACUCCUACUGAACCCACUUCUGCUUGAAUAACUUGUAAGUAAGUUGUAACCAUCUCUUUGCUCUAAAAUUGUGCGUAGAGUAGCACAUGCAAAAAAUUUGAAGCGUGUAUGUAUCUCCUACCAUCCUUCCUGGAGGAAUAUUGUCAUUUACUAGUAAUUUUUUGGAUUCAUUUUAUAGGAAUCUUCAUGACAUCAAACAUUAUUCUAUGGAAAAGUAAUUCACUUGUUAUGGCAU